GUUGGGGACCAGUCGCUCAGCCUGCGUUGUUAUAUUGUACGUAUAUAUGUAGCUGAAGAGCACAGUCGCUAUAGCUCCGGUCUCAACAGACAUUGCAAUUGGUUAUCUGACACGGUCGAUUGAGUGCCAGUGUUUGCAGUCCCAAUUGAUUCAGUGAUUCAGUAGGUAUCCGGGGGAGAGUGUUCAGGUACAAUGGCUGGGAGGCUGCUGCUGCUGCUGCUGCUGCUCGUCAUCCUGGCACACAGCUACGUGACUCUGGCUUUCGAUAUUUCAAACGAGACACAACUGCGGUCGGACCUCCUGACCAACUACUCCCUGAAGAGUCGCCCUGACGCCGUAACCGCCGUCAACCUCGUCUUCAACAUCAUCACCAUAAACGAACUGGUGACACGCACACAGACGUUUUCUGUAUCGGGGUACUUCACAGUGGUAUGGAAUGACACCCGACUCAGUUGGGACAAGAAACAAUACAACAACAUUGGUUUCUUCUUCUCUGAUGAGACGGAAAUAUGGCGCCCCUCUCUCGUGGUGAAAAACGCCAUUGACGAUUUAGAUGUCAUCGCUAACGAAAACAUCCCGCUGAGAGUUAAUGACAAGGGAAAAAUAUACUGGAAUCCACCCGGAAUUUACAAGACCCACUGCGACAUUGACAUCACUUACUACCCCUUCGACUCCCAGGAAUGUUCCGUGAUCGUGCAAAGCUGGGGCUACAACCUCCGGGAACUCGACCUGUUCAAGUUUGGCUCCGGCGUUGGGACAACUGAGUUUGAGAGGAAUGGCGAGUGGAACUUGAUUGAUGCAUUCAGCGAAAGAGAGGAAAGGACGCACGAUAUUGACUCGGAAACGUACGCCACAGUGUCCUUCGUCUUCAAGCUACAGCGGAAGCCGGACUACUAUGGCGUCAACAUCCUCCUCCCCGUCAUGGUUCUGUCCGUCCUGUCGGCCCUGGUGUUCGUCCUGCCCCCGGACAGCGGAGAGAAGAUGGGCUACUCCCUCACCGUGCUUCUCUCCUUUGCUGUCUUCCUGACCCUCAUCGCCGACCGCAUGCCCACCACCUCCCGCGACACAUCAUUCAUGGCUGUCUACCUGUCUGUGAUCAUGUGUCUGAGCGGCAUGUCUGUCCUACUGACCAUCUUCAUCCUUGACUUAAAUUUUCGGGAGGAUGAAGUACCACCAUGGCUGGAACGCAUGACCAAUGUUAUAAUCAUGCCCCUGGUCUGUGCUCGGGGCUGUCAAAGGAAGUCGAGUUCAGUCGCCGUCAGCGACGAAAGGAAGUUACGAAACAUAAAGGUCCGCACGGCCACGAGGAAGGAGUCUGAUUCUGAUGAGGAACCCACAGUGAGAGAAUCCUCGGCCAAGUCUCGUGCUGAGCUGAACUGGAAGGACAUUGCACGUGCCGUUGAUGCACUCAUGUUCAGAAUCUACUUGAUCAUCAUCAUCGUCAUGUCCGUCAUAUUGUUCUCUGUCCUGGGGUCACAAGCCAGCACGUCGAGCCGUGAAAUUUAAUCAACUGUAGCAACUUCAUAAUUAAAGUUGAAUAAUUCUUUCAGACACAUUGAUGAUACAAUCUACAGACAUCAACAGCUACGGGUUUUGACAACAGUAUUCACAGCAAUAUUGGGAACAUUUUGUAGACGAAUGACUUUGUGAUACAUUUGUCUUUCUUCAGUAGUCUUACUACCAAGCUGUGUAACUGAUGGUACAUUACAUGGUGUCUCACAUUACUCGCCUCCUCUUUACAUUCUUGCCUACUGUUCCUCAACUGGUUGAAAAAGGCCAUCAUGGUGUUUCCAUGUAGUGAUUAGUUUCAAUAAAUACAGGUAGAUGUUGAUGGUAUCGAUAACAAGUUGAUCUAAUACCAGCUACAGCGCUAGACUAUGUCGAUAUUAUCGAUUACAUCUAUGAAAUAUAAAGCAAUUAUUACUGGAAACGUACAUAUUGAGCUGGUGUAAAAGGCGUCCAUACGUAUGGGAACAUACCGUGAGAGAAGGUCGUUGUUAGGCUCCAACAGAACCAGCCCAUCUGUAUACCCGUCCACCUACUGAAACUCUGGCUGGUCAACCACAACCCAAUCUGUUAGUAGGUGAUAGGGGAUUAUGUCACAAGGUACGCAUGAUAUUUUCCUAAGAAUAUUGCAGUGCUGACAUCUGCAUGGCAGUAAAGUAUUACAAUAGCUCAUUAAACGGUUACCGAGUUUACACCACAUAUCGCAUGAACAAAAACACAGACUAAGUUUUCUUUUCUGAAAUUGUGAAAAUGUCCUUGGUAAGCAUUUGUUCACUUGGGCGAGUAAGCAAAUAUUGUGAUCUGCAGGGCGUUUUGACAGUGUCACCAUUAUUCUAUAUCAUACAAAAUGUAUCAACAAUCUAAACUAUACUGGAAAACUGUUAUUGGUCAUGAACAUUUCCAUGUAUCCACUUACAUCUGGGUUCCAUAUUGGUUAUCGUUUAGUUGUUAUCAUAUUGGAGAGAAACACAAUAUUUGUGAAGAACAGUAUCUAUAAACAUUACAUAACCAAUGGUAAGCGAAUGUGGUCCACCACUUAUCAUACGAGUGGGCCAAAUAAUGAGAACGCCAAGUAAGAUAUAGAUGCAAACAUCAUAGCUGUGUUUUUGGACUGGGAGGACGGGUUACCAGGGUCGUGUACGAAAAUUCAUGAUGAUGAUGAUGAUUUGGAGAUUUUA